AUGUCGCCGUCUCGUCUCGAAGAACCACUCCCCAACGCGCCGGCGGGAGGCUUUCCCAAGCACCUGGCCGAGGACUCGAGGGCGGCCAAGGUCGACGCAUUUGACGCGAGCAGUGCCACCGUUGACGACGUCGUCGAGUCGCUCAUCCGCACCGGAGGCUGUAUCGUGCGCAACCUCGUCAGCCGGGACGACAUCAAGAACAUCGAUGCCGACGUGCGUCCGUACAUCCUCAAAGAUCAACCGUGGCAAGGCGACUUCUUCCCGCCCGAGACGCGCCGGGUGACGGGCCUGGUGGAAAAGUCGCCCACGUUCACGCGCAAGGUACUCGGCAAUGAGCUGUACCAAGAGGUCUGCAAUCGACUCAUCUCCUCGACACACGAUGCCUGGCUGGGUCAAAAACUUGAGCGGUCGGUCGCGCCACCACAGGUCAACAACACCAUCGUCUUCUCCAUCGCACCAGGUGCCAAGCGCCAGGAGCUACACCGCGAUGACAUGAACUACCACAACGAGCUACCGGCGCUCGCCUCGCAUACCGACUACACGAUCGGCCGCGAUUGUGCCGUGGGACUGUUUGUCGCCGGUAAGAAGACGACCAGGGCCAAUGGCGCUACACGCUUCAUCCCGCGCAGUCACCUCUGGGCUAAGACGCAGCCGCCUAAUGAGGACCUCUGUUACUAUGCCGAGCUAGAGCCCGGUGAUGCCUUCAUAAUGCUGGCGUCCGCCUAUCACGGAGGGAGCGCCAACACCACCACCGACGAAGAACGGCUUGUGUUCAGUUGUUUCAUGAUCAAGGGCACCUUGCGGCAGGAGGAGAACCAGUUCCUGGCAAACUCGCUCGACAGCGUCAGGCAGUACGACGCCCGGCUGCAGAAGAUCAUUGGCUAUUCCGUGUCGAUGCCCUGGCUUGGAUGGGUUGACUUUGACGACCCGCGAAACUUGUUGUUGAACGGCGGUCAGGCCAAGGAGAAGAUUGACCAUUAUGGAAGUUGA